AAGAGGCACAUACAUAAUAUUAAUUAAUGAAUCAAACAUUAAACUAAAAACGACGAACUCCUGUUCCCUUUUAUAAAAGACGAUAAACAGACUGAAAUUCGGGGAAGCCCCGAGACAAAGAUAAAAGAAGUUAUCAAUACAUAGAUAAGAAAAAGACUAUUUUAGAAUACAUUAAAACCUUCACAACCGUAUCAUACAUCCUGAAUGAACUGUUAUGUUUUAUUCUUCAGCUUCCUGCACUGAAACAAAUUCUUUGACAAGAACUACUGUAGUAAAGUAAGUCUUAUUUUUUAAACUUACAUUAGUAAGAAAGGAAAUUACUUGAUUUUAAUAUAUAUAUAUACAUAUAUCUACUUCAAGCCUAAAUAAUGGGUCAAAAUGUAAGUGUUGUAAGGGAAUCACAAGUGGAUCAUGGCUGUUAUAAAGCAUAUAAAUUCGAAUAUAAAUGGACUCUUCAGAAUUUUAAAAUUCUUGUAACAAAAACCGCAGUUGGUUCCAGUACAGUUAGUUCAGCUCUUGGUUUAAAAGUAGGGGACAAAACUAACUCAUUUAACUUGAUUCUCUAUUCUCAUGGUUACAAUGAGAGAGUGAAGGAUUAUUUGUCUGUUUACUUAAAGAAGAAUUCAACCGAUGAGAUGCUUAUCCAGUUCUCAUGUGCAAUACUUGACAGUAACAGCAGAGAACUGAAUGCAAAAUGCAUUAAACAGAAAAUAAGCAUUGAAUCUCAUCUCGGCUGGAUGGCAUUUUGUCGAAGAGAUUUUCUUUUAGAUGAUAAAAACAAAAUUCUUCUCGAUGGAACUUUAAAUUUGAAUUGUGUCUUAGAAAUCUUUGAAAACAAAGCAAUUAUGAAUGUUGAAAUAGAAGAUAAUGACCCAUACAUGAAUAAAUCACAGUUAAAAAUGUUUCAAGACAUGAACCAACUACUUUUGGAAGGACAUUUUUCUGAUGUUACUUUAAAAGUAGAUGGCAAAAAUUUUCCUGCUCAUAAAGCUAUUUUAAGCGCAAGAUCUGCUGUUUUCAAAACAAUGAUGAAAUCUCAACUGGGAGCAAAUUCGAAGGAAAUAAAUAUUCUGGAUAUUAAAGCAGACGCUGUCAAAGAAAUGUUGCAAUAUAUUUAUUCCGGUGAAAUUGGAUAUAUUGAUGUUCAGAUGGCGCAGGAACUUUAUUAUGCUGCGGAUAAAUAUGAAUUAUGUGAUUUGAAAAAAAUGUGCAACAAAAUCAUGGUGUGUAACCUGGAUAUAAGCAAUGCCAUUAAUAUACUUCUUCUGGGACACAAACAUUCUGAUGACGACCUUAAAUAUACUACUAUAGAAUUCAUUGCUAAAAAUGCACCAGAAAUUCAAGAAAAAGAAGAAUGGAUGUUGCUAAUGAAAAAUUUCUCUGAAUUAGCAAAUAUGGUGUUUAAGCACCUUUCAAAAAAACCUUAGGAGAUGAAACAUGGCUGAACAUGCAGAUGAUGAGAAAAAAACAUGACGAUGUAUUUCAGUGCCAAGCAGUUUCUGAAUUCUCAAAUCUUUGAGCUGUGAAAUACUUGACUUGACAGCACCUACUAAAGUUAUCCUGUUUCAUAUAUAUAUAAUAUAUAUAUGUAUAUAUAUAUAUUCCUCCUAUGCUAAAAACAUAGAUGUGAAUUAUAUACUGAGUUAGUAUAUUAUAAAUAUAUGUUAGUUAGAUAUUCUAUUAUUUUUACAAAUUUCAAAAUGACCUACAUAAAAUAAA